AUGCCGCUAUUACAACCAAAUGAUAAAGAGAAAAGGCGCCAAGCCCGUAAUUGUCUUAUAAAAAGGUAUAACUUUAGCAAAGAGCGGGCGUUUGCAUUGAUUCCGCUCCAGAGAGUUGGGCGAUGCAAAAGUCAAGUGCUCCUCAAAGAAGGUGGGGCAGAAGCCGAGGAAGUGAAUAUAUGUCAAGUAUCUGAUAGUACUUGUUCCAGGGAGACUAUUAAAGAAAUGGCUCAGCGUAUUAUGAAAGAUAAACUUAGUGAAAAAGAUAUAAAAGUGAUAUCUAGAAACUUAGUCAAAACUGCCCCUGAUCCCGUUGUAACCAGAUUAUUUAAUAAAGUCCAAAAGGAGCGUAGUGAGCAAUGUGAAAAUGAAGGGAUCAAUUUUCCAGACCACUUCUCAUUAGAAUUAGUUAAGGAGAGACUGAAUUUAUAUGAUGUAUUUAAUAUACCCGAUAAACUAGCCCUAGCCGAUGUAAUGAUAAUGCUCUGCAUUCGUCCUGCUGAAAUUAAAAACUUGCGUAUAUCUAAUGGGGCUGUAACUGGAUAUGCAAAAAACCGAGGUCAACAAGAUAUUCCUCGAGUGUUUAAAUCACUGGAAAAGAACAAGGAGCGGGCAAGAGAAUUACUUUCAUGGAUUCAGGAAGCAAUCAUUUCCGGGGAGUUAAGGGAUCCAGGAAAACUUGGAUCUACGUACUUAAAUACAUUUCUGAAAAAAGACGAAUUUAUUCUUAAAAGUGGUAAACCACUACUUCCUAGCUCUUUACGCAAGUUAGGGGCAGUAUUUGCUUCUGUAGUACAUGGGCCUAAAAAUGCAUCAAAGGCUAACACUUAUGCCAGUGAAGCUCUUCGACAUUCGCCUGAUAACCAUGCUUCUCCAUCCAAGAGAUAUACUAUAGUCAAUAUGCAAAAAAGAGGAGAACCUUAUAAUCAGGCAAGUCCAUUCUACAUCUUCAAUGAAAACUAA